GCUUUUUACCACAUGAUUAAUGAAAUUCAAGUGCAUGAGUGGAAAAAAUGUCUAAAUUGACGCCGAGACUGAUAACAGUUAUUAACAUGAUUGUUAGUAUCUUGUGUGCCCCUAAAAUAGGUCCAGUACUUUAUGAUCCAUUGGUAUAUGAAAGUCAAAAUUCAUUCAAAUCUGAGGACAAUCCAACAGAAAAUACAUCUGAUGAUUGGCUAACAGCUCCAGCUCUACGUAGUAAUGAUAAACCUACUGAAGAAGUACCUAAAAAAACAUGUCAAGGAUACGAUUAUGAUCUUACACAAUGUAAAUACAUUAAUGAUAGGAAGAUUUGUGGAUACAACAAGAACAAAGGUGAACCAGAAAUCGAAGAAAUUAAGGAUAUGGGGAACGGUUGUCGUAUACGUAACAAUAGAUUAGAAUGCGGUUAUUUAGAGGGCCCGUUUAAUCCUCCCCGACGUCCUCCGGCUAACGAAGAUAUACCUGAUAAAACAGAUUUUCCAAAACUUAGAUCAUCUCCACCUAAAACGUCCAAGAAAGAGUUAAAUGACAAUAAGAAAACAACGACUAUUGGAAAAGCACCUGCUGGUAGCCCUACAGCUGUUGAGAACCCUAUCACCCUAGAAAACAUCGAUGAUAUUGAAGUGAGAACAAAACGUGAUACAGUUGAAUCAACAAUAAUAACAACUGAUAUAAAUGCAAUCGACACCACGUCAAACGAUUUAACAACUCAAAAAAAAGUAGAUCAGGACAAUAAGAACCAGCUAAAAAAAAUCUGUGUGGACAAGAUUGACAGAAUAUUUUGUUACACUGCCAGGGAAAAAAAAUAAUAAUCAUUUUAGGUAUUACAUUGAUGUUGAUGAGCAGCCUCUAUCGUUAAAUACCUAUAAAUAUGAACAAUGCUUUUUGUGUAGGUGUACUGUUGUGUUGUUGUAAUUACAAUGGCGUUUUCUCA